AUGAGCUCUAGCUGCUCCUUCGACACCCAGGAGACACGGAUGAACAAUCUGUGCCUGGGAAUCCACAUCCCCACCUUCAUCCUGGGCCUCCUCCUCAACCUGCUGGCCAUCCAUAGGUUCAGCAACUUCCUGAGGAGUCCAAAUCACACCGCCACCUCCAUCUACAUGAUCAACCUGGCCGUGUUCGACCUGCUGCAGGUGCUCUCGCUCGCGUUCAGAAUGACGCUGUCCACGAAUUGCUGGCCCAUGGUGUACUGUACCAUGGCGGAAUGUCUCUACUACAUCAGCAUGUACGGCAGCAUCUUCACUAUCUGCUUCAUCAGCCUGGACCGAUUCCUGGCCGUCCAGUUCCCGUUCCUGACCAUCCACCUCCGGAGCCCCAAGAAGAUCUUCUGUAUCUGCUGCGUCAUCUGGGUCCUAGUGUGGGUGGGGAGCAUCCCCAUCUACAACUUUCAUGAGCAAAAUGGCGACAACAAAAUCAAAUGUUUCCACAACAUGACCAACAGCACCUGGAGCGCCCGUGUCAUUAUGCCCCUCGAGGUGUUCGGCUUCCUUGUGCCCCUGGGCACCGUGGCGUUCUGCUCCUUCAGGACCAUUCACAUCCUGCUCCACUGUCAGAGCUACGCGCAGAGCUGGGCCCACCGGAAGGCCUCCAUCUGGACCAUCAGGGCCAACCUGGCUGUCUUCGUGGUGUCCUUCCUUCCCGUCCACCUGGCCUUCUUCCUGAGGUUCCUGAUGGAGUAUAAAAAUGUCUUCAAGGAGCAGGAAACCAUAGAUAACAUCAGAUUCUUCCUGCAGUUGUCCUUGUGUCUAUCCAACACUAACUGUUGCCUGGAUGUCUUCUGCUACUACUUUGUCAUGAAAGAAUUCCGUGCGAGCCUCCCGACCCGCCGGACUUCCAGCUGGUCCACCACCUGGUCUACCAGGGCCUCAGGGAAGCAGAAGGAAGCCCCGCCCCCGCACCCCAGAAGCAACACCCCAUCCUGA